AUGAUUCGUUAUUUACAUUAUUUCAUACAUGGAGCUUCUUAUAUUUAUAUUAAUUUAUUUCUUUUUAUUAUGCAUGAAGAAGUAAACUACUCCACAACAACUUUCUCUAGUAAAGGAAUACUAUCACACUGUGAGAGAGCACUGGCAGCGGGUAAAAACGGUGCAUUAUCUGUUGGUAUACGUGGUACAAAUGGAAUAGUAUUGGCAUCCAUUAAGAAAGUGCCUUCUACUUUGGUUGAGAUAGAGUCUAUUCAGAAGGUGUUUAUGGUGUGUGAUACAAUUAUAUGCACGUACUCUGGGCUAAGUGGUGAUUUUCGGUUAGCGCUAGAAAUGGGAAGAAAGAUAGCUUCGGACUAUUACCGUAUAUAUGGCAGGUAUCCUUAUAUUGAUACAUUUAUGAAGGAGUUCUCUAAGGUUCUUCAAGAGAAAACACAGAGAGAGAGAAGGCCGAUUGGAUGUAUUUGCUUAUUUGCUGGGUAUACGCAGAACAAUAAAUAUAUUCAGGAUGCAAUGGCAUCUAUCCAGGAAAAUGAGCUGAAUGAGGACACUUUGGUCUGUGAUGUAUCUGGUGGCGAUGGUAUAGGAAACACUGUUCCGCUGCUCUACCAAAUAGAUCCAUCUGGUUCUGUAUCUAGUGGAUUCUCCUUUGCUGUUGGGAAGAUGUACAAAGAAUCCUCAGACUUCCUAAAGAAAAGGUGUUCAGUUGAUGUGGAGGUACAUGAUGCAGUGGUGAUUAGUGCUUUGGCCCUACAGGAAUACAGUGAAGUGAGUGUGUCGGCAAAGGAAAUAAGUAUUUCUGUGGUGACUCGGGAGGGAGUCCAAGAGUAUACACAGGAGGAAGUCCAGAAUAUUUUACACUCAAUAUAGGAAAUAAAUACUUUCGGAUU